AUGGGGCACCGUAUUCUAUUGUUUGUGAUCGAGAUGCUCGGUUCACUUCGUCUUUUGGGAAAGCUUACGGAGAGCAAUGGGAACUCGAUUGAAGUUCGGCACCGCAUAUCAUCCGGAGACGGAUGGUCGGACCUGAAGCGGAGAGACAUUGAGUUCGAAGUGGGUGAUCAUGUGUUUCUUCGAGUGACACCACGAAAAGGACUCUCGGUGAAGAGAUUUGGCAAGAGAGGGAAACUAAGUCCUAGAUAUGUUGGUCCAUUUCAGAUAUUGGAUAGAGUGGGCAGUGUAGCUUAUAGAAUAGCUUUACCGCCAUCAUUAUCUGGGGUGCAUAAUGUAUUUCAUGUAUCUCAACUCCGGAAAUAUGUGUCAGACCCAUCGCAUGUUUUGAGCUAUGAAACACUGGGUUUGCAGGAAGAUUUGUCCUACAAUGAACGUCCGGUGAAGAUUCUUGAUCAAAAGGAUAGGAUUUUGAGAAAUAAGACAAUUACCCUGGUGAAAGUCCUAUGGAGAAACAGUGUGGUUGAGGAAGCUACUUGGGAGCUUGAAUCUGAUAUGCGAGAACAAUAUCCAGAAUUAUUUGAGUAA